ACAAAAUAUCAUCGAGCUCGAGUGUGCCAAACUGUGAAGUGUGUGAUAUUAACACAAAGUUCCGUGGUUUAGUGUUAAUAGUUAAAGCUACCUACGGUUUAUAAGAUGUCGUGUUUUGGAGGUAGCGUGCUAAUUCCCGACUGAGGGCGGUGCAGUGUACAUAGUUAAGUGUAGUGCAGUGAUGUAAGUUUUAAGCGAACAGUGCAGAGAGGAAGCCACCAUGCUGCCUACAAAUGUUAUGUCCUUUAUGAAAAAGAUGGUGGCGACGGAGGACACGGCAAACACGGUGCCGGGGCAGAUCGAGGCGCCCGGCACCUUCGGCAAGCUGCGGCAGACGCUCUCAUCCAGCCUGCUCACGGCCCAGGACAAAGUUACAACAAAACUGGGCCCGCGGCAGGCCGAACCCGUGGCGGAGCCGGCGCCCGCGCCGCCGCCCGCGCAGCCGCCACCUGCGCCCGCGGUUAAAACUGAAAGGGAAGCGGGCAAGGCGCCGUCGCGGGCGGGCGCAUGCCGCGUGUGCCUGAAGGCGCUGAAGCCAGGCGAGGUUUUUCACACGUGCAACGGCUGCCAGCACCGCGUGUGUGAGGACUGCUCUUCCUACUCUAAGCCGGCGGAGAAUGAGGAGGCGAACUCAUGGCGAUGCUCCGUUUGCCGGCGUAAAGCUGCGCCGCGACUACCGCCCGCGGCGCAAGACAGUACCGAUUCACUCCUCGAUGUGCCUGUACUCGAUUCCCUACAACGGCGUCAUUCGGAAGCUCGGUUGGGCGGCGGCACCUCCAGUACCGGCCUCGCGCCGCCACGCUCGCCCGAACUGCGCCGACACUCAGACGUCUCACCCGCAUCGCUAAAAGAACUAGAAAAGUUAAAGGGCGGCGGCACGGCGACGCCAGCCAACGAGUCGCGGCGGCCUAGCACGGUGACGCCGGCGCGGCGGCGGUCUAUGCGCGUGCCCGCCGCGCGCCAGCGCAGCGUCGACGACGACAAGCAGGACUCGCCUGCGCACUCGCCCGCGCUCGUCGCACCGCCGCCAAUGUCUAGGAGAGCAUCAGCAGUGGACGUGGUCGGCGGUGCGGGAGCAGGAUCGCGUCGCGGCUCCUACCGUACAGAAGACACAUCCGAAUCAACGCCUUCGAUCGCCGGACUAGCCGUCGACGAAGACCGCCCCAUCAGGCGCCGCGGUAGUCAGCUCCCAGACAUAGCCGCGCUUCAACAAAGGACGGGGGCGCUCAGUGCAAUGGCUGCUCUAGCCCGCACUGGAGACCCCUCCGAAGCACCAGGCCCUUCGGCUGCAGCCGUGGCCGCCGCCGCUGCAGCCGCGCGGCAAAUGUCGGUUGACGCGGAGGCAAUCAAGAUCGUCAUACACGAUGUCGAUGAUCGCUCGCCACGACGAGUCUCGCUGCGUCGCGAUCCUAGCGACAAAAGAUCACGUGGUUUCGGCAUGCGCGUCGUGGGUGGCAAACCGGACGCCAGCGGUCGCCGGGAGGCCGUCAUAGUGUGGACUGUGCCGGGCGGACCCGCCGACGGGGCCGGCUUACAACAGGGUGACAAGGUACUGGAAUGGGGUGGUGUGCCGUUGACGGAGCGCAGUUUCGAAGAAGUGUGCUCUGUCCUGGAUCGCAGCGGAGACAACGUAGAGCUCCUAGUGGAACCCGCGCCGCCUCAGGACGACGCGGCCACGCCUGUCACGCACUCCAGCCAACACCAUCAUGCCCUAUAUGAACCGGAUACCGACAAAUCACCAUCGUCGCCGACCCGAAGGAAAUUGCCGAAAACCCCGGAGCAGGAGAGGGCCGAGCGAGCCCGCGAGCGGCCCGCGGCGCGUGCGCAGCUGCAAGUGUGGUUCGAGAGCGAGAUGCGCAAGCUGGUGGUGGUGCUCAUCGCGGCAGACGACCUGCCGCCGCGCGACCACACGCUCGGAUACGGAGACGAGCCUGAGGCAUUCGCCAGGAUAAGGCUUUUGCCAUCACUAGAGAGCUGUCCACCAGUUGAAACAGACCCCGCGUCUGCGUCGUGCAGUCCAGUUUGGAACGCCACCUUGGGUUUCGGCGGUUUGACAGCAGAUCUCCUGGCAGGCCGAGCGCUGGAGCUCACCCUGUGGGACGCCUGCCCUGGAAUCGAUCCAGUACUUAUUGGAGAAUGCACUAUGGAUUUGGAAAAGGCGUUUGCGGAAGAACGUGCAGUGUGGUGGACGCUGGAGGAGCGCGGCGGGACUCGAUCAGCCAACGCCUCCCCGCGGGGCUCUCUCACAGGUGCGCGAGCGCUCCGACGCGGUGACUUUGCCUCGCAACGCUCUUGUUCAGACGACGUGGAUUCCAUCGGAGAGUGCGCAUCUUUGCUCCAUCCCGACCACGCGUGGGUGGGGGGCUCCAGACGUGGCUCAUCACAGUCUGAAACCUUGGAAGUUGAGGUUUACCAGCUUGGAAAGGACUUCUCACGUUCUUUACCUGGAUCGCGACGAUCAUCAUUCCAGCAGCAGGAGAAAGACGGCGCUGCGGGCACUGACAGCGGCGCCGGGCCGUCGCGGCGCAGCGAGCGGCGGCGCUCGUCGUGCAUCCGCCGCGACCCCGACGACAUCCUGCGCUCGCUGCGCGCCGUCAAGGGCGAACUCGGCCGCACGCUUUCCCUCUCCGGGUCCACCGCCCGGCGCACGGCGACGGGGCGCAAGGGCAGCAUGUGGGCAGCGGUGCCGGCGGCCUGCGAGGCGCUGGGCGACGACGAGGACUCGGUGCCGCUCGGCCCGGGCCAGAUGCCGCCUCGGAACGCCUCGCUGCCGCCGCUGCACGCAGAGAUCAACAUCAGCAUGAUCAUGAUUAAAGGACAGCUUGAGCUUGAGAUCUCGCACGCACGGCGAGUGUAUGGUGUGAACGGCGAGGUGCCAGACUCAUACGUCAAGUGCUACCUGCGCGAUGGCGACAAGUGGCUCCACAAACGCAAAACGCGAGUUGUUCGGCGCACCACCGAGCCGCACUUCAAACAGACGCUCAAAUAUCAGGCAAGUUGUGCUCUGGGGCGCACACUGGUGGUGAUGCUCUGGCAGCGCUGCGGCGGAUUCGAGCACAACCUCGCCCUCGGCGGAGCGGAGAUCACGCUCGACAAGCUCACGCUGCCACAGCGCACGUACGGCUGGUACCCGCUGUUCCCCGCCACCUCGCUCGCGGCCGACGAGUCGCCCGACUGAUCCAGGGAGCCGUCGCCGGAGCGCCGCGACAACUAGCGCCUCCGCGACGGCUCACAAAAACUCGUGUUUGGCCACCUUGCCACGUGACGGCGACCGGUGACAUGCUUGAAACCGUAUCAGCUUAGACCCAACGUAUUAUGUAAAUACCGCGUCAUAACAAAAUGCCAUAAUCAUGAUUUUUAUUCUAUAAUCAUAAUAUAUUCAACAGUCACAAAUAAAAGCUGAUGCGCACUCAAUGUAAUGUCACGAGCAACGCUGAUUAUAGUCCUUGUCUACAUGUAUAGCAUCGAGAGGUAAUUGUGUAACGCCCCGCCCAUUUUCACAAGUGCUGCCCUAUACAGACUCCAAUUCGUGUUAGUUGUUAGUAAUACGGAGUGUAAAUAAUUUAAAUUGAUGUAAUAUUGUCUCAAUCAUGCUGCCUAUGGCGGAAGCAUGUGAAACUCUGUUAUACGCGCGAAUUUAUUCGUGUAUUAUUGGAUUGUGUAAAACAUGAAAGCAAAAUGUAUUAGAGUCAGACCAAGAAAAGUCCAAGAAAAAUUUGAUAGCCCACGCAGUGCAAGUGUUACACUUGCACUGCGUGGGCUAUCAAAUCCGCUGCAGACUUUUCUUGGUCUGACUUUACGUAGUCAUGUUGUCAACGAUUAUUUAUCGGCUCACUUACAGAUACUUGGAUAAAUAUUCCGAUGAUAUUCGCCCGAUGAUUAUACAAACGGGAUCGAUAUUAAUUUGCUGAGACCGUCUGACCGAUGUUAACAGAGCUCACUCAAACUGACGUUGCCGUGCCGUGGAAUUAGUAGUACUCGUAAUAACAAAAGGAGCUUAUAGUGAAUUGCUUCUACUCAUAAAUUAUGCGUAAUGUUUGUAGCAAUUUUAUAUGUUACGUGUUUGUAUUGACAUUAUAGUCUAAUAUCGUAAACUUAGAGACAUUGCGUAAGUAGUUGAAUGUUAUACUGUUUGCCAACAAACUAUAUUCUGUAGUAUGAACGCUGGAAGCCAUUUUAACUAUAGAGAUGUACAGACUAAGUGUACUCUAUUUUAAUAGUACCUACCUAUCUACAAAUGUUUCCAUUUUUCAAAAUUUCGCCUAACUAUAUGCGUAGGUACUUUACUUUAUUAACAAAUAAUUUAUUUUGUAAUAUGUAUUAUGUGCCUAAAAAUGCAUAAUCAGGCGUAACAAAAACUUAUCUUGAACACAUAUUAAAUUUAUCUCAGAUUAAAAUGAAGCGGCAUUAUAUUGUAGGUACUUCCAGUUCAAUGAUAUAAAAUGCCAUAUUUUACGUUAAUAUUCAACAACAUGGUGUUUACUAGAAAAACUUUAGACAAAAAUUUUCAUCUAGGUAUUUAUAUAGUACCGUAUAAUAACAUGUAAAUAGCUCGUCUCUGAUAACCCCAACUUCGACACUUUGCCUUAUACGAUUAAUAAAUUUCUAACGUUACUCUAGUGGUUAAGCGCGUCUAGGUACUAUUCUUCCAAGGUUGUGCUUUAGUGAAUUUUCCCUAAUACAUUAUAUACCUCCAAGUCGGUCUUACGACAUUUUCUAAUCUACCUACUACAUUGUAAGAGCUUGGUCUCGCCCCAUCAAAUCAUAUGCCCAAGCUGUAAAUACGUAGAAACCCAUGCAUGUUCAAUGUAAAUCUUUUAUCAAAAUUGUCUACGCACAACUACUUUCGUGAUAAGUUGAUAACAUAUUACUCGUAGGUACUUAUUAGAUGCCAUUAAGCAAUUCCAAUAGAAUAAAUCCCAAUUAAUAAGGAAAAUACGGUUUACUGUUUCUAUUGUGCGCACUAACUAAAUUAUCAAUCAAAUCAGUUAUAGAUGUAGGUAGUACACAAUUAUUUUCCAUCGUAUUUUCAAAGAAACUUACGAACGUGUACGAAACGGAACGCGUACUAUUUCAGUAAGACUCGGUACAAAAAGUACUGAUCUACUGAACUAGCAUAACAAAUACGAACUUUUCCGAGAAAAUACGAUAGAAAACAAUAAAACACUACAUCUGUAACAAUGUAUUUUAUUAGUUGAUAUCAAUAACUUUGUUACCUAGUUAAAGAUAAAAAGACUCGUACCUAGAGAAAGAAAUGUUUUCAAAACCAUCGGCUAGGGCGCACGAUUCGUAAAAUGAAAACUUGAUACUUACCUAGGUAUCAAAAGAAGGUCUAGCUAAAUUUAUUAACCUACAAAAUCAUAGAUCAGAUUAAAUAUUUAUGAAAACUUAACUAUCGUUCAAAGUGCAUAUCUAAGAAUAUAAAUUUAUAAUGUAAAAUGUCUUGUCAAAAUCUGUGUUCUUCCAGUGCUGUACUAGCUUAGUGGCUCGCUGACAAUAUAUCGAAUAAUACGAGCGCUUCGAUCGUACGUAAUCUAAAGUAAAGGGUAUCACUAGCUUAACGUGCCCUAUUCUAGACUACUCUAGUCCACGUUUUGCCUACACAAAUUAGAUCUAUUUAUUACACAUUACUGUAGUUAUUAUUUUAUCACGGUUGUACAUUUUCUAAGAGAGAGAAAUAUUGAAUAGCUAAAACGAUCCUUUACUAGAUUAGAUAUAACUUAAAAUAAUAUUUCUAAAGAUAUCUAGCAAAAAGCCUGAAUCAAGAGGCCAGAUUUGUCAGACGUAUUAACUAGUUUGUGAAUUUCUCAUUUUAAUAUAUAGCUACAUUAUCAAAACAAAGCACAUCAUGAUGUGCAAUGCACCUACAUGACGUGUCGAUGCGUAGCAAAUUGCUGAAGUCCACGCAAAAUAGUAAUCGAAUCCGAUUUGAAAUUUUGAGGACUUAGGAAAUGUUUACAUGCGGCGACACAUGUAUGUACCAAUAUUAAAAAGUAUUGAUCAAGUCAUAAUUCUCUACUUAAUAAAUAGGUAGCUUUUUCAUUCCAUUUCAUUCAACAUGAACCUUUAUAUUAUAAGUUAUACAUUGCGUUUUGUAGAUACAUCUAUUGCUCCUCUAAUAUACUUACAGUACUAAAACGCGCUGUGGUUGAAAUAUAACAUAUACAUAUUGAUUGAUUGUUAAUAUUUUAUUAUAUUUAGAUAAUAUAUUAUAUAUUUACUUAAAAUAAUAUUAAAUCGUAUCCGAUACAGUCGGCUACGAACAAACCACUUACGCUUACUAUCUUGAUAUUUUAGUAUAACAAAAAAAUAUAUGAUAUAAGAAAGAGUUGUAAAAAGACGUAUUAUCUAACGUUGUGCCUCGAAA